GUUGGAACUGUGACUUGCUGAUGUCGUAGUUGUGAGACGCCCACACUUCUGGUUGCCUGCAUGCUCUUGUGUAGUACUGUACUGUACACUGUUUGGAAAUCACUACUACUCUAAGGACACAGAAAGCACCAGUAUUAUUCUAACAUUAAAAUGGCAAUGUUAAGGGGAUAUCUGUAUGUGGACCUAAUUGAGGCAGAAAAUCUGCCAGACUGUGAUACUGCUUUCUUCAACAUUGACCCAAAGGACACUUCAGAUUCAUUUGCUCAGAUUAAGUUAGGAACCUGUGUCAUUUGCAAGACAGCUGUUAUCAACAAUGAUUUAUCACCUAAGUGGCAGGAAUCACAUAGGAUUCCUGUAUGUCACCUUUCAGAUGAAUUGCAGAUUCAAGUUCUAGACAAGGAUCAUUUUAGUGCUGGAGUAUUAGGGGAAGUCAGCAUCAGGCCAGAUGACCUUAUGGAUGGGGAGACUCUAGAGGGAUGGUACCCACUGUCUGGUUGUGAUGGUCGCAUCAAUAUAAGGAUGAAUUAUGUUCCUAAAGAGCAGAUUGAUGCAACAUUUGAGGUACCCGAUUGUUACUUUUCAUUACGAGAAGGUUGUAAGGUUACACUGUAUCAGGAUGCUCACUGCCCACCUCUUCCAAUCUUUGAGAGUGUUCCCACAGCCAGUGGUGAAGUUUUUGAUGCUCCUUGUGCCUGGAUUGAUCUGUAUAAGGCAUUGAAUGGUGCUCAACGAUUUAUUUAUGUUACCGGGUGGAGUAUAUACACUGAAACAGUCUUGGUUAGAGGUGACUGUGACUGUGAAGAGGAAGGUAAAGGAGAAACUUUUGGUGAACUUCUGAAAAGGAAGGCAGAGGAAGGUGUACGUGUGCUGGUGUUGGUGUGGAAUGAGAAGAUGAGCACUGAUAUAACAGCUGGCUUUAUGGGCACCCACGAUGAAGACACACGGGUAUAUUUUGAAGAUUCUGAUGUUGAAGUUGCUGUUGUCCCUAGAAUACGUUCUUUAGAAGGAAUGGCAUCUUUCUUUCAAGACCAAUUUUCUCAGACAUGUUACACACACCAUCAAAAAACAAUUAUUCAUGACUGCCCUCUUGCAGAUGGUGAAGAUCUACCAAGAAUUCAAGCUUUUGUUGGGGGUCUUGAUAUUACUGAUGGUCGAUAUGACACCCCACAACAUGAGCUUUUCAAAACUCUUCAAACUCUUCAUGUAGGAGAUUUUUACAAUGGUCUCACAACCACCACACCUGAGGUUGGUCCUCGUCAACCCUGGCAUGAUAUUCACUCUCGUCUGGAGGGUCCCAUAGCUUUGGAUGUUCUUGCAAACUUUACUGAGCGGUGGAGGAACCAGGUGCGAGAUAGAGAAGCUCGCCUCCUCCCGCUACCAGAGGACGAAUUUAUAUUAGAUGCUCCAGUGCCAUGUGAUGAAGAGGCAAUGUGGAGUGCUCAGAUUUUCCGGUCCAUUACAUCUGACUCUGCUCUCUUUAACUUCGAUAAGAUUUCGGCUAUUCCCAGGAGAAAAGGAAAGUACGUUGACGACAGCAUACAUAGAGCGUACAUUCAUCAAAUACGUCGUGCAGAUAGUUUCCUCUUCAUUGAAAACCAAUACUUCCUUGGAUCAGCCUACAACUGGGAUGAUGAACAGAGUACCAAAGCUCACCAUUUGAUUCCACUGGAAAUUACUCAGCGUAUUAUAGAGAAGAUGAAUGCCGGAGAAUAUUUAGCAGUUUAUAUUAUUGUACCAAUGUUUCCUGAAGGAGACCCCACAAGUGGACCUGUCCAAGAAAUUCUUCAUUGGCAGCACCGCACUAUGCAGAUGAUGUAUCAUGCGAUAGCUCAGGCUAUUGAAGCCAAUGAACUUGACACUCAUCCAAAAGACUAUCUAUCGUUCUUCUGUCUCGGAAAAGGUGAAUGUCCCGAAGAAAUCCCCGAAGACUUGCCUUCUCCAGAUCCAGACACCCCAGCACAAGUUCUUCGGGAAAAAGCUAGACUUAUGAUUUACGUACACUCUAAAAUGAUGAUUGUUGAUGAUGACUAUAUUAUCGUGGGCUCUGCAAACAUCAACCAGAGAAGCAUGGGUGGCACUCGAGACUCGGAGAUAGCAGUGGGAGCCUUUCAGCCACUACACACUCGGGAAGUGAGUGGAGAAGCUCGUGGCUCAGUUUUUGAGUUUAGGAUGGCACUUUGGGCAGAGCACCUUGGAGGUGUUGUUGAAACACACAUGAACCCAGGUUCACUUGAGUGUAUGCGAGCUGUAAAUGAAAUGGCAGAAGGCAAUUGGGCUGCCUAUGCCACUGAGGAGCCUUGUAAAGUUGAUGGACACUUGUUGCGAUAUCCAGUGGAAGUGGAUCAGGAUGGAACUGUCACUGCCAUUGAAGGUUUAGAAAAUUUCCCAGAUACUGAAGCUCCUGUUCUUGGAGCUACGAAUUUCUUGCCAAAUAAACUAACAACUUAAGUUUGUUUGGACCCAAUGGUCACGUCACUGCUGCAGAAUAAACAAAUAAAAAUUGAAAAGGAAUCUCAAACAAAAGUGUCUUGUAAUCUUUGUACCAUACACUAUAUACAAGACAUGUAGGGUACAGGAUAUAAUUUUUUAUCUAAUUAUUUUUGGGAUAUUAUAAGCAAAUGAUCGAGCCUUUAGAUAUACCUUUAUGUAUGUUAUCUGUGUACAGUACAUAAAGUAUUAUGUUACUGUACUGUAAUUUGAGUGAAAUGGGAACAGCACCUCUCAGUACUACAACUGUACAUGUUUCAGGGAACAAAACUGCAAGUUGCAUUUUUUGGAGUCGCAUAAUAAGAUUAUACAGAGAUCUACCAUAUUUUAUAAUACUUAACAGUAGUGGAGGACAUUAGACCAAAUGUUAUAAAUAUGUUCUUGGUUAUAAUGUUUAUUUAAAUAAUUGUCAUGACUUGGUGUAACAGUGUGCUGUAUGAAUCGUGAAGUAUUAUCAAUUCAGAAAAGGAUUCCUUGAAUUGCAUCUUAGUUAUAACAUAGCCAAAGAUAUAUGUAAUGUUAGGUAACUGUUGUGAUGUUAACCUUGAGUCUUUUGUAGAAAUUUCCUGUAUUUGAGCAGUUUCUUGUGAUGUUCAGAGCUAGAUGCAUUUCAGAAACUUGUGCAGGUUACAAAAUGGAAGACAGCUUGGUUCUAGUUAGCUUUUCUUGUAUUGUAAUAUACAGUAUUUAUUUUAAUGAUGAAACUGUUUAAUUUAACUCAUUUAAAACAUUUUUAAGUGGGAAUUGUUUAUAAACUAUCCUGUACAAUAUAACACUAGCACACACGCUACUUCUCAUAUCAUAUUUCUUGUGUAAUAUUGAAUCUGGCACUGCUUUACUUUUGACAAUAACAUUAUAAACAAAUUUAAAUUCGGCAGCUCAAGAUACAUACCACUGAGAGUUUUGACCCACUCCAAGUGGCUGAUAUUAAUUACUUAUAUUUCUUGAAUUUGUUUUUACAUAGAUGUGAAUAGUACUGUACACUAGCCAUCUGUUUACCUACUCAGACUCUCAAGACACCAAGCGGCUACAAGAGUUUUGUAUUUCCUGUAACUUAUACUCUUUAACAGAUGUCUUAUACAGUGAAGCCUCCAUAUAACAAAUUUCUCUUUCCAUAUAAAUCCAUUAGAUGAGACGGGGAGGGGGGGGGGUGUCACAUCUAAUGGACCCUCGAUAUAAUGGAAUUUCAUCUUGAUAUACAGUAGUCCGUUAAUUAGAGGUUUCACUGGACUGUACAGCUAAAUACUCCUGUGAUGUCAAGCUUUAAGGAUUAUUAGUUAUUAUCAUUGUUUUGGCUCAUAGACAUAUUGAGGAACCCAAAACUAUCAUGCGAGACACUUCUUCAGGUCUUAUUGAUAUAGUGUGUUUUAAGGUUUAUGGAAGAGACAUUUUCUAUAGUUUAUAUUGGGAGUGCUUCUUUGUCUGGUGUUAUUGGCAUUAUGUUCUUAACUUGGAAAAAAAAAUAAGUGCUUAAUAUUGUAUCACUUUCUUACCUCCCAAUAAUGAGUAAAUUUCAGUUGAACACCCCAUCAUGCCAUUUGGAAUUGGCCAAAUGUGAAUUUUUUUUGCUAUGAAAAUUUUUCAUUGAUACGUGCAGUAUUGGUGUUUUUAGUAGUUCAAAGUAAUAUCCAAGGUAUAGUAACUUGAUUAUAACUACCAUGAGAUUAUUGAGGGAUAUGGGGAGGAGAGGAGAAGCAGGUGGAGGGCAAGAAUAACAUGGGGAGAGCUGUCAUGAAGUAACCACAGCUAACCCAUGCAAGCGUGGAAAAUGGCAAUAAAGAGAUGAUGAUGAUGAGGGAAGUUUGACAUUAAUCGCUAUCAUUAAAUACUGUAACUGGACCUUGAUAGAACGAGAGCAAAUACUGUAACACCAUUGUCAGUGAGAUCAUUUACGUGUUGUAGUUUUGUAUCCUAUCAGCGACGUUUGCUCUCAAGAAGUGUCGGGUAACAACAGUGUAAAUAUUAUGAUUAAGGUUGUGGGGAAAUGCUUAGGAAUUGCAGAAUGCACAACAUAUUUCCCUGGACACCACUGUUACACACUAAAGCUGCCAUACAGUAUAGGUUUCAUCAUCGUACAACAUUAUUUCAUAUGCCACUGUGUUUUGCCCAAUGCCCACACACGGACCUUUACACUCACUGCCUAAAAAUAGACCAUAUUCAUUAUUCUGUUUGGUGGAAUAAGACAAUAAUACAUAACUGUACAAAGUAUCGGAAAACAUCACUUUUACAAAAAAAAAAAAUGCAUUUGGGUAUAGUCGUUAUACUCCUAAGUUUAUAAUUACUUUAGCAUCAUAUUUCUCUCUCCAUAUAGUCCGUUGAUGGGAGUUUUCAUGUAUAACAGACCCUCCAUAGAACAGACUUUCAUUUCUUUAUACCCCCUGUAGUUCAUUAGAUGGAGGUUUCAUAUAUGGUAGACUUUCCUCUCCAUAUAGUUUAUUAAAUAGGUUUACUUUACUACAUUAAAAGGCAUCCCAGUCAUUCUGUUGAGUUCAUUCACACUUUUCACUCCUGAACAGAAGAGAGUUGAACAUUUAGUACCGUAGUGUUCCUGCACAUAAUAAGGAAGAAACACAGUAGUUGUAACUCCAUAUUAAUAUUUACUGUAUCAUAGGUUUUGUCUGGAGACUAUAGUUCAUCAUCCAUAUUCCUCUAGUUUAAAAACCUAACUACAACUAAACUUACUUAAUUGCACAAAUCCUAAUAUUUACAUCAUCAUCUUUCUUGAAACCUUUCGUAUUCACUUAUCAGGGUCUCCUCUUUUUUUAUUUUCAUAUUUAGACUUUCUAAUAUACAGUACACAGAUAAUGUGCCAAAAUCCUAACCUGAGAGGCGAGGCAGAUCUCAAGAGCAUGGAAUGAUUGCUCCUCUGUGUGCUGCUGGCCACACUUACAAACUAGACAUUUCCUAUUGAUAGACCCACAAAUGUGUUCGAACUCUGGGAUGGUAAUGUCGGUCUCUGUUCUGACAUGUUCUUUUUAUAUUUGUGGAGAAUGUGAACUCAUAGUAAAAAUAGGUAAAGUUCAUGUUUGAAGAUGUAACUGGUGCAGUGUUGUAGGCAUACAGUAUUUAUAAAUGUAGAAAGAUUGCUGUAUUACUCGGUGACAACUGUUUGUUAUUUUACUCCAAGAUAAUGGAUUUUUCUAUGUCAUUAAUAGAUUUGUAUAGUGAAAAACAACCAGUGCUGAAGUAUUUGUUAUGGUAGAUUCCACCACCCAUUUUAAGAGCUGCUAAAGUAUUCCUGUAAUAAACUUAUAUACCUCUGUACACUUAAGCUAUUCAUCAGAACAUUCCACCAUUGUCAUACUUGAAUCAUGACUUUCUACUUCUCAAAAUAGUACAGGAUUCAUAUAUUUACAUAAUUUUUUCUACUUUUGAUGAUACUCAUAUACCAUCUGUGAAUGUUAGGGGAAGUUUUUUGGGUGUUAAUAUUCUAUAGGGCAAGAACUGCAAAUAUUUUAUCAUAGAGUAUUGUGUGUAAAUGUUGUAAUGGACAGAUACAGAGCUUUACAACUUAAAAAAUGUUAGUAAGGUAAUGGUUUUCUGCAGCAUUACAUUUAGAAGUUUUAGAAUCAUUUUUUUAAAUGUCAUCGUUGCUAUAUACAAUAUGAAUAAACCAGCCGUACCUGUUGUGUAGCAAAGGCCUAUUUAAUAUAGAUAGAAAUGAUACUGUAUAAGAUUUUCUGUGUCUUAAUAAUUGUGCAUGAUCUGGUUAACUUAUAUGUGAUUUGCUAGUGCCUUGCCAAAAAUUUUACUUUAAAGCAAUUGGCUUGAUGUUCUUGGUCAGUAUAGGAAGCUUUGAUAUUUUGCAUGUUUAAUGUUGUGACAUUUGUACUACAGUACUACUUCAUUUAUAGCUUUCUGUGGCCCGGUCAAUUUGUCUUGGUGCAUGAUCAUGUCUUCCUUGUAUUUAUAUUAGUUGGCUAAGUUUGACUAAGAUAAUGUAGCAUGUUGUUAAGUUUUGUGGGAAUCUUGUGAUGUUUAUAAACAUUAUUUUUAGCAAGAAAUUGGACUUUGUCAUAAUCCUUUAUAUUUUUUGUGCAUGAAAUUUUAAGUUAUUGUACGAAACGUGAAAUAAAUAACUAAAAUUUACAAUGGACUGUUGUGUUAUGGAGCUGUCAAAAGAAAACUAAAAUAUGUGGUUGCAUUUCAAAUCUGGGGAACAGAAACUUAGACAUGUUAAUGAAGAGUACUGUUGGGUGAACAAUCAUUACAGUACAGAGUAAUUCCCAAGAGUAAGUACUGUACCCUGGCAUAGAAUAGUAAUAUGAGAGUACAAUUGGUACAGUACUAUAGAACUACUGUACUUGUACAUCCCUUAUUCAUCACUAAAGGAAUUUUCUUGAUAAUUGCCAUGCACUUGUUAUGGUUGUUACUGUACAAUGAAUAUUUGGUUAAGUUUUACUAGAUAUUUACAAAACUAAACUGUCCUUAAUAUCGUGUUGUUUUAAAGUCCAUAAAUUAAAGAAAGGUUUGCAAUUACUGUAGUACCUGUACAUUAUUAGUAAAGGGACACGAGGCAGUAGCUAUUGUUACUGGGAUUACACUCCCAAGUAAGGAGUUCAGAUGGGUUUUAUCAGAACAAUUGAUUGACUUAUAAUGGUAUCAAGCCGCCUUAUUUAUUAUGCUAAAAUUGCAACCCACUUAUAGCUGAUGACGAAAACCACGAGCAUUGUACUGUAUACAGAGCUUCACUGCUACAUUACAACGGUGUGAACUUUCAAAUAUGGAUAAACACAUUUCUACCAAUCAUUAUCUAUGCUUUGGAUGAAUAUGCUGUCUUCAAGUUCUGAUUAUAAGUUACAUCCAGACAUUAAACACCAGAAUUCAUACUGUCUGCUGUAUGAUAAAAAAAAGUAUUUAAUUUUGAUCAUUUACAAUGACACCUUCGAAAAAGCUUGUUGGGGCAAAACUUGGAUUAAUGAACCAUUAUAGUACAACACUUGAAGCUUUGCAUGCCCUGUUGCCUUCUGCACCCAUACAGUACACGCUUGUAAUUACCGCCAUAGGUUUAGUCAUAAAUUCACACGCGCCUGCCAGCUUGUUAUGUUUGAGUUCAGGUUUAAAAUGUGUCGAUAAAAUGAGUUACAUUACUGUGUAUUUGUCCAGAUAAAGAAAGGAAACGAGUAAGUAACGAUGUGGCGAGUUAUGUAGACCAAUUCUGUAAUGUACAAUGUUUUUUGUUGUCUGAAUUAUUAUAAAGUUCCUGAA